UUUCAAGAUCUACAAAUCGAUCUGUGAACGUAAUGGUCCUAAGAUGUAAAAGAGAUUCAUCAUCUCCGUCCCUAUGCAUGCUACAUAUGUGAAUCGGUCAUUCGAGAUGCCGACUCUAUGAUGCGCUAAACCUAAUCCGAAAAUUUCGAUCGCAACUUCGAAAUUUUGGUAGUUCUUCAAUCGCCUGCACGACACUUGAAAACCGCAGAUCCACCACCACUAUGGCCUCGAUAUCUACUGCAGAUGCACCUACGGUGCAAAUACGAUUGAGCACUCGCGACGCUAGCUUUCCACUUCCUCCAGAUACGCAAACAAACUACCAAGUUCCCACAUCACUACGCCGUGUGAAUCUUUCACAGCUUGUGAACAACCUUAUACAUACCGAGCAACCUGUCCCCUUCGAAUUCCUUGUCAAUGGCCAGAAACUUAGGUCUUCUAUCGAGGAUUGGCUCACCGAGAGUGCGGUCUCUGCAGAAACAGUGUUGGCAGUAGAAUACAUUAGGGCUCUUGUACCACCGAAGAAGGUCAGGAGCUUCGAGCAUGAUGACUGGGUGUCCGCCGUCGAUAUUCUUUCGAGAGCCUCCCCAGCAGGCUUGUGGUCCAAUGCGAGCAUACAGAGCGGGCAAGAGAGGAUAUUGAGUGCAAGCUACGACGGCCUGCUUAGAGUCUGGGACAUGUCCGGAGAUGUCCUUGCAACAAGCCAGCCGCCCAAUAAUGGCUCAAGGAUUACGAGUCUGAAGUCUGCAAAGUGGAUAUCAAACAAGAAGAUCGUCGCAGCAGGCAUGGACAGCACUGUACGUGUGUACAAGUACGACGAGGAUGAGCGAACAAUCACUUCUUCAUUCGAGCUGUAUGGUCACAGAUGGCCAGUAGAGGAUAUCGCUGUCCAUGGACCUUCGAACCGCAUACUCUCGGCAUCUUCUGACACUACUAUUUCCCUGUUCUCAUCCACAGCCAAGGACAACCCUGCAGCACCCAGUGAGCUUCUACCAACCUCCACGGCAGCAUCAAACAAACGACAGAAGCUCUCCAAACCCGACAAGACUAUUCCAUCUCGCGGACCUUUGGCCACUCUGACUGGCCAUGCCUCUCCCGUAUCAAGCGUCAUCUUCAAGCCAGAGGAUGCGACUGUUGCCUACUCCGUCUCCCACGAUCACACACUACGAACAUGGGACCUUACAACUUCCACGUGCGUGGACUCACGAACCACGGGCCAUCCACUUCUCUCUGUCGUUGCUCUGCCCAAGUUAAACCUGCUUGCGACCGGAACAUCGGCACGUCAUAUCACCCUUGUCGACCCCAGGGCUUCCGCCACAAAGGUCGCCGUUACAACCUUGAGAGGUCAUGCCAAUGCUCCCGUCUCUCUCGACACAGACCCAAAAAACGAGUUCGGACUGGUAUCAGGAGGACACGACGGCACUGUACGUAUUUGGGAUAUCCGAGGUGUGGGCGAGGCCCAGUCUGGCGACCCAGUCUACACCAUCGAGCGUGAUGGUGACAAGAUGCGAAGUACGGGUGAUGGCGUGAAGGUCUUUAGUGUGAGAUGGGAUCAGGACGUUGGAAUCGUCAGUGCGGGCGAGGACAAGCGUGUCCAAAUCAACAGAUCCGACUAGAAGUAAAAGCAUUGGAAAGAACAAUUGGAUAUUAGACGUGAGAUUCUCAGGUCCAUUGUCAGUGGUGGACUCAAUGAACCUUGUAAAUGGCGUUAGUGGAUUGUGUGUAGAUACCAUCGAGAAGCUUAGAAAAGCAUUUACCAUUCGG